AUGUUCUGCCACACAGAGAUGGUCAGCAGUCAGCCUCUCCCCAUAGCAGAGAGUGGGAAAAGGAAAAAGAAAAAAAGAACCAGAGCCACGGAUCAUGUCCCUGGGAAGUUUGAAGAUUUGUACAAGCUGACUGCUGAGCUUCUUGGUGAGGGAGCAUAUGCCAAAGUUCAGGGUGCCGUCAGCCUCCAAACUGGGAAAGAAUAUGCAGUAAAAAUCAUUGAAAAAAAUGCUGGGCAUAGUCGGAGUCGGGUUUUUCGUGAAAUAGAAACGCUGUACCAGUGUCAAGGUAACAAGAACAUUUUGGAGUUAAUAGAAUUUUUUGAAGAUGACACAAGAUACUACCUGGUCUUUGAGAAGCUGCGAGGAGGUUCAAUCCUGGCCCAUAUACAAAAGCGAAAGCACUUCAAUGAACGAGAAGCUAGCAAAGUGGUGAGAGAUAUUGCCUCUGCUCUGGAUUUUCUUCAUACAAAAGGUAUUGCUCACAGGGACCUGAAGCCUGAAAACAUCCUGUGUGAAUCUCCAGAAAAGGUAUCACCAGUAAAAAUAUGUGACUUUGAUCUUGGUAGUGGGGUGAAGCUGAACAGUGCGUGUACUCCAAUAACUACUCCUGAAUUAACAACGCCGUGUGGGUCUGCAGAAUACAUGGCGCCUGAAGUGGUUGAAGUCUUCACAGAGGAGGCCACAUUCUAUGAUAAGCGGUGUGAUCUCUGGAGCCUGGGAGUGAUUCUGUACAUCAUGCUCAGUGGUUACCCCCCAUUUGUGGGCAACUGUGGCACAGACUGUGGAUGGGACAGAGGAGAAGUCUGCAGAGUUUGCCAGAACAAGCUUUUUGAGAGCAUUCAGGAAGGCAAGUAUGAAUUUCCUGACAAGGACUGGUCACAUAUAUCCUCUGAGGCCAAAGAUCUCAUCUCAAAGUUGCUGGUUCGUGAUGCCAAAGAACGACUUAGUGCUGCUCAAGUUUUGCAACAUUCAUGGGUUCAAGGACAGGCUCCUGAACGGGGAUUACCUACCCCUCAAGUUCUUCAAAGGAACAGUAGCACAAAAGACCUGACGCUUUUUGCUGCUGAGGCUAUAGCCCUUAACCGCCAGUUGUCUCAGCACGAGAAUGAACUCGGCGCAGAGCAGGAGAACGUUGCCCAUGCUGUGUGCUCCAUGAAGCUUUCUCCUCCGUCCAAGUCCCGCCUCGCCAAGCGCAGAGCAAUGACGCAUGCCACCAAAAACAGUGACUUUCAGCCAGUUCCCCAUAAAGCCUUUUAAAGUUCUUUCCUGCUAUGGAUGGGCAAGAUCAGCCUGUGUUCUUAUUUGGAUUUUCAGCACUGAUAAAAGCUUCUCUGCUUCUGACACUUUGAUUGGAAGCUUGCUCUUGUGAUGUGACUUGUAACUUUAAGGGGACAGCUUUUUAUGGGAGUGUUUUUUUGCCUGUCAGAUUUGGUGCAUUAAAGGUAAUUUAACUGAUCUUUUUAAAUUGGAGAAGAUGGGUUUGCUGCUGUAUUAUCUGAGGUGAUAAAUCACUAAGCUUUCCUUAUUUUCUUCUUAGAAGAGCAUGCUUUAAAAUGGGAACUUGAAAACAUCAGAAAAAAAACCCACUUUCUUGCUUUGCCCAGCAGAGCAUCACGUCUCUCCCUGCCUAUGGCUGAUCUCCUUGAUGGCACAUCUUGCAAGGUGCUGCUGCUAGUGUCAGCAGCAAGGACUGUUUUCAACCAGCAGUGUCCUUCUCUCUUUCUGCAGACUCAGGAAAUGAAGAUGAUGACUGGGUGGAUCUCUGUCUCCAUUACCUUCAUUGGGCUUAAAUUGUGUGAGGAUGGUACUGUAAAGGUGCAAGGA